UGUGAUCAUCAAUAUCGUACUUACGACCUUCCCGUUGGACCUUGGUCUUAUCGCUGGUGGUGAAUUAUCGAGUACAAUGAAUCGCGACAUCAAAUGGAAAAGUGCGGCGCCACAAGCUCGACACGAUGUCAUACUAUUUUCAUUAGGACACAGCAAGUCACCAACCCUGAGGAGUUGACGAGAUUUAGUCUGCCCUAUAAGUAUUGUACAUUGGCGACCAUCAGCCCAUCCCUCAAGACCUCAUUCUUUGAAUUUGUAAUCCGAUCUUUACAGUUUCAUGUCGGAACUGGAAGAAUCUCUCUAUGCUCUUCAAUGGAAUAACAACAUGUCAGUUGCUGUCAUUACCAUGGUAUCCUAUGAAUACAUACUUCAACUCGAGAAAGAGGUCAAAUUUGUUUGGGAAAGACAGUGGUCGGUGAUGACGUAUCUAUAUCUUGCUGUUCGAUACUUCGGUAUUCUGGUUGCAAUGUACGUCGCGAAUCUCCGCCUCCUGGGGAGGUCGACUAAGAUUCAGCCUUGUGAGUAUAUUGCUUCAACUGAAACUGGCUUUGCCCAUGGUGAAAUUGAAAUAGGUGAUGGCAUCUUUCUGUUUAUGCAAUGGGGUUUCUCUGUAUACUCUUGCUUGACGAAAGUCAUCCUCAUCUGGCGUCUGUACGCCCUGUACAACCAAUCCAAGCCUAUACUUUAUGUUCUACUGGGGUCGUUUAUACCUAUCGUCGCGCUCUAUAUAGCGGUGGAUGUAAUUUUGUGGAGUCGACCCUCAGCGAUCUCAACGCAAGAAGUAAUACUUACUCCAAACAUCAAGUACUGCACGGCUUUCUUCCACAUCGGACCCAUGCUAGCGAUAUAUACUUCCAUCCCCGUCAUAUGCUAUGAUAUCCUCUUAGUUGUCCUCGCCAUUGCCGCCCUCGGGAAGCACCUGAAAGAACGGAAGGAACUUCAAAUGAAACCCAACACCUAUAUAGUCUUGAUCGUCCGAUACCAUGUCAUAUACUUUGUCCUGAAUCUAGCAGUUCAAAUCUUCUCGGCGAUAUUGUGGGCCAAUCUUUCGACGGAAGUGAUGAAUAUCGUACUGUUGUUCUCCGAUACUGCGCCAUUUAUUAUCGUGCCACGUCUUAUCAUCGACAUUUGGGAAACGCAUGCCAACGACAGCUGUGUGCAUGUCAGUACGACAUUCCAGGAUUGCGUCUGUUGGACUUCGCCACCGCCGUUGGAGGAGCACGAUCUGGAAGUCUGUAUAGAAUCUAUAGAUGCUGACAACAUUUCUUGA